AUGGAAGACCAGCGGUGUCCUCUGGAGGACUCUCAGAGAGAGUCGGACAAAGCAGCGGCUACCCCUGUCCCUGCCCUGGAAGAAGCAGGCACUCAGUCCAUGGACUCCCCGCAGACCGAGGAGCUCUUCGACCUCAUGGCCAGCUCCCAGAGCCGGAGGUUGGAUGACCAGUGGGCCAGUGUGGGGAAUCUUCCCGGCCUCCGCAUCACGCCCAACAACCUGGGUCACAUUCACAUGGACGGUGAGGCCCAGGAACCUGGCGAUGAUUUCUUCAAUGUGCUGAUAAAGUGCCAGCCCUCCCACCUGGAUGACCAGCGCUGUGUCCUGCCCCAUUCCACCCCCCGUGGCCCCACGGUGCCCGAUGAGGAUUUCUUCAGCCUCAUCCAGCGGGUCCAAGCCAAGCGCAUGGAUGAGCAGAGGGUGGACCUGGCCUCAGGCGAAGAAGACCAAGUGGAGGACUGAGCACCAGAUCGCCAGCAAAGGCCCAGCUUCAGUUAAGGCAGA